AUGUUUGUGAUGCUGCUCGGAAUUAAUCCUUCUUCCUCUCCAACCUCACGAUAUACAUUUUCUCCAGACAAAUUGAAUGAAGAUAUGAUUAGUAAAUUUCCAAAUCAUUUAGCAAUUGCAAUUGAUACAGAAAUGCUUUCUCCACAUGUUCUCCAUCAUGAUGACCUUUCUCAAAAACGAGUUACAUGUUUAGAUGAAAUCGCCAUGAAGCAAAUUCAAAACAUGAUUUAUUGGUCACUGACAACUUUUUCAAAGCUGAAAAAUCACUCCAUUCAGAGUAUUGCAUUCUAUGAUAAAUAUGGAAUAUUGGAAAAGCAUGCAACACAAAUAUUCACCUUUAUUGAAAGAGUUCUGAAAAAUCAUGAAGUGAAAUUUACCGCCAAAAAUAUUCAAUUAUUAGAAACCAAACAAAAUAUUGAACAUGAAAUUCCAUGUUUAAAAAUUCCAACCAAGAAUAUUGUCCAUAAUCACACUCAAACCUUAGUUGUUCGAUUACUGAGUUUUCAAAACUGUGGAAAACCAAGUAUUACGAAAUUAGCCAAUUCCAUUUUUGAAGAGUUGAAGCACAAACAAGACAUGGAAAAUUUAAAAGAACUAGUAAGGCAUCAUGUGAGUGAGAAAUUGCAUCGUCACACCAAAGAAAAUAUUCCUGAACCAAACAUGUUAAUUUCAUUUAGCACUCCUGUUUUACUUCUUCAUGGUUUCUCUCCUCUGCAUUUGAAAUACACCCAAAUUAGUCAUGUUGAAAAGUGUUUUGUCACACAAUUCACUGAACAAGACUUUGUAAAAUGUGUAUUAGAAUAUGUCUCUUGUAAUCAAAGAUUUGGAAAAUAA